UGGCCUAUUGUAUCACUUGUCUUUGAUCAAUACUUAAAAUAAUAUUUUAGAGUUUUAUAUACCUGUAAGGAUAUUGUGGUGUUACAACCAAAUCGCCCCGUCAACUAUGCUAUCGUCUGUGGUGUUUGUAGUUUUCACUUUUCAAAAAUACAAAGCGUAUUAUGUGCAUACAACUCCUUUCUGUAGUUGAUGGGUCGCAUUUCCUUAAAUACGCUAGACAAUUAUUUUUAAACAAAGUCAAUACUUUGUUUCCCCUCAUGCGUUUAUUUAAUCUCAAAUUAACAGAGGACGCCUCAGUGACUUCGUGCGAACAAAACACUUAUCGCCUGGCUGUAAUUGCGCAAUUGUGCGUUGUUUAAUUCGGUUCUGAUAACUUGUGCGUACUGUAAAUAACAGGUGACCUAAAAUGUACUCUGCAAACUUCCAGAGGAGAUGAUGAUGAAGUAAACCGCGUACUUGUAUUACAGCACGCGGAACUACCAGUGAGUGUGUUGUCUCUACACGGACUGUUUAUGGUUGCGGUCAAAAUAAUGAGCGUUUACUUGGUUUUCGUCAUUGUUUUCUUGUAUCUAGUUUGGAUAAAAUGCAUUUAUUAUCAACAUCGGCGAACUUUGGCGAAGUCGUUGAAACGUAUAAUGGACGUUGUGUCAGGCAGAGAAACAGACGGCGCUGACGUCAGAGCCCUGAUUGUCACUGCACACCCGGAUGAUGAAUGCAUGUUCUUCGCGCCAACGAUUAUACGACUUGUUGAGUUAAAUGCCAGCGUGCAUCUGCUGUGUUUGUCUGAAGGCAACUACUACAGUCAAGGAGCUCAGCGUAAGCAAGAACUUCUCAACAGCUGUGCCGUGUUGGGGAUACCAGCAUCCAGAAUCACCAUAGUUGACCACAAGAAACUUCCAGACGAUCCUAAAGCGGAAUGGAGCGUCUCUUUGAUCUCCUCGGUGAUUGUGAAGCAUGUAAGAGGCCACUCCUUCAACGUGGUGCUGACCUUCGAUGGAAGAGGAGUGAGUGGCCAUGCCAAUCACACUGCCAUCCAUAAAGCUGUCAGCCAUCUUGCUUCCACUGGACAAGUGCCUCAUGACUGCUGUUUGCUUUCCCUGGUGACUGUUGGCCUCUUCAGGAAGUAUGUGUCCUUAUUGGAUCUUCCCCUCAGCUGGUUGCUGACCUCCAGUCUCUGCUGCGCUGUCACCUCACAGGGCUACAGACAAGCCAAAGCAGCAAUGCUUUGCCAUCGCUCCCAGCUCCUGUGGUUUCGAUAUCUGUACAUCACCUUCUCACGGUACAUGUUCAUAAACACAUUCCGGAUGAUUCCACAAGGACCAAAGAACCUGAAGAUCUAUUAAAAGAUUGUUUUACUUCCAAGGAUCUGAUUGUGACACUGUUGCACAUCCCGCUGCCCGACUACCCAUGUUGGGGGUGAGUCCAUUACUUGUUUACAGAUCUGAUGAGCUGUUUUGCUCACAGUGAAUACAGAUGUGUUUCACAGUUUGUUUCAGGGGGUGUCAAUCUCAAGUGACAUGGGGGCCAAUGAGCUUCUAGUCUGGUCAAUAAAGUGGGGGGAAAAAAACAACUGAUCAGUAGUGGGGUGAGCCAUAUGAGUUUAAAAUUAUGACAAUAUCGCAAUAAAGAUAUAUAGCAAAAGUGCUUGUUUUGAUAUGGAAUGACGCAUACUUACAAAUCACAAUAAUAACAUUUACGAUUAUGAAAUCGAGUAAUAUCAAAAACGGAGACAUAAAUCUAAAACUAAGUAAAUAAUAAUGUGGACAAACUGUAAUUAAAGCACCAAACAAGCAAAUAUAUGUUAUUUAAUGUUUAAUGUAAUACAUUUAAUAAUGUGAUCAUUUCAGCCAACUCACUGGUGGUUUCCAUAAAUAAAGCUGACCUUUAUUAGUAGCAACAGUAUAAACAACCUCUGAAGAGAGAUUGACAAAGAAAUGUCUUUCUAUGUUUUUUUUUAGUCAUUACACUGUGUAAAUAAAAAAAAACAUUUUUGUGGGUAAAGUACUUUACAGGAAUUCUGGUGUAGCACUGAUUAAAACUGUUUGAUUGUUGUAUCA